AUGACAGGUUCUGGUUCUCCCUGUGGAGCCUGUAAGUUCUUGAGAAGAAAAUGUGUCAGAGGCUGCGUUUUUGCGCCAUAUUUCUGCCAUGAACAAGGCGCUACUCAUUUUGCUGCUAUUCAUAAGGUGUUUGGUGCUAGCAAUGUGUCUAAGCUUCUUGCUCGUUUGCCUGUUAGUGAGCGUUGUGAGGCUGCUGUUACUAUCUCUUAUGAAGCUCAAGCUAGGCUUCAAGAUCCUAUUUAUGGCUGUGUUUCUCAUAUCUUUGCCCUCCAACAACAGGUUGUGAGUCUUCAAGCACAACUAGCUUCUCUUAAGGAACAAGCAGCAGAAAACAUGAUGAACGUGUCUGGUAAUAGAGGUGAGGCUGAGAAGAAUAGCAGAAAGGUUCCUUGUCAUCCACAAGAUCUCCAUAGCUGGUUUCAGUCGGAGCAACCGAACGUAAUGCUCGAGUUCAAUCCGAAUCCGACUCGGAAUAAUUCGGCAUCGAACCCUUAUUAUGAUGAGAAUUAUAGCAUUAUGGUUAAUUCUCAGUCCAAUGAGAACUAUGAGCAUCACAUGGCUAAAAUGGAGGAAAGUGGAUCAUAUGAAAGCUUUGAAGAAACCUCAGGCUAUUCCAUGUAUACUCUUGAUCACUUGCAUUCAAAUGUUCAACAAUGGAGCUUCAAUGAGUCUGCUGAUGAUUUACAAUCAGUUGCUUUUGGUAAUAGGCAUUGGUAA